UACCAUCGUGUCAAGUGUCAAAUAUUUGAAGUUCUCCAAGUCUUUUUCGUUACAGUCGAGUCUAUAUCUACAGUUUAAAAACAUUGUUCAAAAUACAUUUCAUGAAAAGACAUUUAAAAUGAACAUCACACGGAACAAUUUCCGUGAUCAAUUUGAUGAAUUGAAGCAGGUCAUCAAUGCAGCUAAUUUCUUAGCCAUCGAUUGCGAAUUCACUGGUUUAUCUCACGACAAUGCCAAAGUACAGCAGUAUGAUUCACCGUCGGAAUAUUUCCAUAAGAUUUGCCAACAGACAAGCGGCUACAUUACCAUCCAAUUCGGACUGACUGCAUUUCGUGCUAAAAAUGACGACACUCAGGACUUUACGUACCGCAGCUACAACUUCUUCGUAUUCCCCCAAAUGAGAAAACAGCGUUUUGAGUGUCAAGGGGAUUCUUUGGCGUUCUUGGGAGCCAAUAAUUUUGAUUUUAACAUGCUAUUCCGCGAAGGGAUAUCGUACUGUGAUGAAGAAGAAGCAAAACGAAUGAGAGAGCAGUUCGACGAAAAGCUGAAAUUAAUGGAAAGCUGUGACAAUAAAAAGAAUGGUGACGAACAGGUGGUGGCUGUUCCGUUCGAAGAACAAGAAAAUAUGGACCGACUAAAUGAGGAAAUUGAAAAGUUUUUAGAAUGCGAAGACGACGAAAAAAGUGUCGGAAAAAAUUGCAACGCAUUCCAACGGAAACUGAUGUACCAGCUGUUGGAACAACGAUAUGCAGAAACGAUAUCAGCAAGUUCCCGCAUCGAAAACAAUCAAAAGGUGAUCCUUUUGAAAAAAAUCAAAUCCAAAGAGCAACUACGGGAAAUUCAAAUGGAAGAAAUCGACAAGGAACGUAAACAGAUGGAAGACGCCAUUGGAUUUCACAACUUCAUAAAUUUCCUUUCACAGACGAAAAAGCUAAUUGUUGGACACAAUAUGCUACUCGAUGUGAUCUACGUGAUAAAACAAUUCGUCGGACCGGUAUCAAACAAGUUUCAAGACUUCAAAACCAAGACUCAUAAAACCUUCCCGAACUUGCUCGACACCAAGUUCAUGUGUACAGACGACACGAUCAAACCGUACAUCAAUUCCAGUGUUCUGGCUCGACUGCUCGAUGCAACAUCGGUGGAACCAUUUGUGCGGCCCAAAUUCGAGGCCGAAGCCGAAGAAUACUCAUAUUCGUUGGACAAGCCAAAGGAACACGAAGCCGGUUACGAUGCGUUUAUGACGGGCGUGUGCUUCGUCACCAUGGCAAAUUAUUUGCAAGUCGAUUCGUGUGAUAUCAACGAGAAGUCGUCUAGACUACGACCUCUGUUGAACAAAUUGUUCCUACCCAUUGACGUGAAUCAUGUCAAUCUGACUGGCAAGGAACCGCCAGCUCCCUCCCGUGAACACGUGUUCCACUUAACCAUUCCGAAAGACUGGAAGAAUAACAACAUUUUCCAAAUAUUUCGCUUGUACGGUAACGUUCGCAUCUCAUGGCUGGACGAUACAUCAUGUUUCGUUGCGUUACACAACCGUGAAAAUGCCACCGGUCUUUUGAAGACCAUUGGAAAGCAUGAAGGUGUGACGAUAAUAUCGUUUGCUGAUUACAAAAAGAAGGAGAAUAUGUUAACGGCGACAUCUGAUCCGAUCAAACGGAAAGUGGAAACGGAUACGAGUCGUGAUUGGUCAGUGCGAUUCACUAAAUUCAUAACUUUCAGCCUCAUUAUUUUGUCAAUUCAUUAUAUCUCUAAUUACAAUGAUUUGAACAUUUUUGGAUUGAAAUAAAUAGACCAGAAACGGAAUCGAUCCCCAUUUCUUCAUCCUUAUUGUAACAGUUUUAAUCAGAUUGUGAACGAAAAUUCAUCUAAAGUGUCGCGAUUCCAUUGCAUCAUUAUCGUAUGAUCGGACGUCUAAAGUUGUUGAUUAAUUUUUUUUUUUUUUUUUCUUCUUGUUGUAGUGUGUCUCAGCCCAAAAAGAAAACUAAACAACAGGGAACGUCUCAACAUUUUCAACCAGUUGACGAUUGGUAAAAUACAGUACAUCAACACUAAUUUUCAUUUUUUUUACUAAAAUCGAGUAAAUAAAGAGAAAUUCGGAUCAUAAAUCGA